CUGCAGUCCAGCUUUGCCCUGCUCAUCGCGGACUAGAGCUUUGAUUCAAGGUUGUCGUAGAAAACACUCCAUCCUACGUACAGAGAUGUCGUCCUCUUCUUCCAAAAUCAGAGCCUCCGAGCUCCAAUCUAAGAGCAAGCAGGAUCUUUUGACUCAGCUCAAUGAUCUCAAGACUGAGCUCGCUGGAUUGAGGGUGCAGAAGAUCGCCGGUGGAAGCGCCAGCAAGUUGACCAAGAUCAACACUGUCCGCAAAUCUAUCGCUCGAGUCCUCACUGUCAUCAACCAGAAACAGAGGCAAAACCUGAGAGAGUUCUACAAGAAGAAGAAGUACAUGCCCCUCGACUUGCGACACAAGAAGACCCGUGCGCUUAGACGUAAAUUGACUCACAAGGAGUCUCACGCUAUCACUGAGAAGCAACACAAGCGUGACGUCCACUUCUCAGCACGAAAGUACGCACUCAAGGCUUAAGAUAGGGCUUUUGUGUACGGCUUGACUGGGACUCGAGGCAGCAUGCAUCGAUGUAUAUGAUACGG